AUGGAGAACUUCCGUAAGGUGCGCUCCGAGGAGGCGCCGGCGGGGGGCGGCCCCGGGGGGGACGGGCCCUUCGCCGACCUGGCGCCGGGCGCCGUGCACAUGCGGGUCAAGGAGGGCAGCAAGAUCCGGAACCUGCUGGCCUUCGCCACCGCCAGCAUGGCGCAGCCGGCCACGCGCGCCAUCGUCUUCAGCGGCUGCGGCCGGGCCUCCACCAAGGCCGUCACGUGCGCCGAGAUCCUCAAGCGCCGCCUGGCCGGCCUGCACCAGGUCACGCGGCUGCGCUACCGCGGCGUGCGCGAGGAGUGGCAGAGCCGCCCGCCCGGGCCCGCGCCCGGCCCGGCCGCCAGCCUCAGCGUGCUCAAGAACGUGCCCGGCCUCGCCAUCCUGCUCUCCAAGGACGCGCUGGACCCGCGCCAGCCCGGCUACCAGCCCCCGAGCCCGCUGCCCGGCCCUUCGGCCCCGCCCGCCGCGCCGACGGCCAAGAGGAGGCGGGGGGACCCCGCGGCCGGAGAGGGCGCGGCCAAGCGGGCGCGGCCGCAGCCAGACCCGGCGCCGGAGGACCGCGCGCGCUGA